UAUCAAAGUAUAUGUACAUGAUACAUUGAACAAUUUCCUUUUUUAAUUGAUUGACUAGAUUGUAACUACAAAUUCUUUUAGUAAUCAACUACUUAGUAACUAGACAGGAUAUAUGAUGACUAUUAAAGAGGUAAAUACUAUGUUAUUAUUUAUAUAUCUAAUUUUUUAAUAAUACUAUGAAAAGAAAGUUUACUAUUUGUUGUUAUUAUUAUCAUUAACAAGUGUAUAUGAAUUAGUUUUGGAAAAUAUUAAGGGUUCUGAUAGUGGUUUUUUAGAAAUUGUUGGCCUAUGGGGCCUCCACACACUCAGUGAGGCUAUUUUUGAGAAAUAAAUUAUAAUAAUAAUAAUUUUCAAGUAAGAAGUCUUAUCAAAAAAUUCAAUCUGUUUUAAUUUUUUUAUUAACGUAAACCUAUUUAUUAUUUUUUUUUUCAAAACGUGGUUUAUUCUAUCUCGUGGAGUCAUUCUAUUUCAAUAUUUUUUUGAAAAAAAAAACAGAUUGUCCAUAGUUUCCCUUUUAAGCUUAAUUUAUCAGUUGUAAUCUUGUUGUAUGGAUUCUAUCAGCAUCAUUGCUACUGCAAUAUGUGGACUACGGUUUUUACAGUUUUACAGCAAUAUUUAGUAUAUAUACUUAUAGAAAUUAUAUAAAGUAAAUAUAUACGUACAUUUUUUAUUCAUAUAUUUAUUUACUUUAUAUAUUUAUGAAUAUUAACUAUUUUAAUAAUUUUGUUUUUACUUUAUUAUUUUAUUAGAAAUUGUAUACUAUAUAUGUAUAGUUGGGCCAUUGAACCUACUGUUUUCAUGUUUCAGUUAAAUAUAAAGUGUAAUCAAAUUAAGGUUUACCGUUAUGAUAGAGACUUUAUUGCACAGAAAAACUGAUUAAUCAUUCAACUAUAAUCUAUCUUAUAUGACAUAAAAUGGGAUUUUGAUAUUGAAACAAUUAUUAUACAAUAAAAAAUAAAGAUUUAUAAGAGUUCAUAGAUUAAAUAGGAAAUACAGAUUAUAUUGAUUAUAGCAUGUAGUGAUAAUUUUUAGAGAGUCAAUAAAUUAUAAAUAUUUUAAUAAUUACAUAGUAGACUGCAUAUGACAAGAUAGCCAUAAUUGAUCCAGAAAAGGUUAGAAAGAUCAUAUAGGAAAUGUUAAUAAUUAGAAUGUUAUAUUUUUAUUUCAGAUUUUGUUUCUUAUAAUUGUAAUUAUAUCAGUUACAAAAAGUUAUGGAAAUAAUGAACAUUUAGCUCAAAGCAAUGAAGAUACAGAAGAUGAACCAAUUUAUAGCAAUCAUAAAUACUUUGAUGAUGAUUCAAUGGGAUCUAUACAAAAAUGUAAUGAAACAAAAGACCCCUCAUAUUUAGUAUUUAAUGUUCUAAAAAAUAUCGUACAACUAAAUUUUAAAAUAAGUAUGAGUUUAAAAAUAUUUUAUACUCGCAUGUGCCAUUUCUAUCUUAUAAACAUACAACAUAGAAAAUUUGUGUCCAGCAAAGACAACUUUAUGCUGUUAGUUUUUAUAUUAAAGUGAAUUGAUCAAUAAGUUUAAUAAUAGAUUAAUUCAAUCAAAUAUUAAAACUAACGUCACAAAGUUGCCCUCGCUGAAUGCAAAUUUGCUGUCGUACGCUUGUAAGACAGAGGCACGAGUAUCACGUUUUAUAUUUAUACAUAUAUUUAAAUGUUGGGUAUAUCAAUUUUUUAAAACACUGUUAUUAGGAAAAACUGUAUAGUAAUAUGUUAUAUCUUUCAGUGUUAAAACUAUGCAAGUUAAACUGUAAUUAGAUAAGUACUUGUUCAAUGAUAUAGGGUUUCUUUCCUUAUGACUUUUAUUACCCCUUAUGAAAAUGUUUUAAAAAUAUUUGAUUUGAAGUUUUGUGUUAAGCUUUAAAUAUUUUUGAUUAUAAUAUAAAUAAUAUUCUAAUAAAAAAAAAAUUCAAGAUUUUUGCAUUAACUUUUUGAAGUAUUUUUUAAUUGUAUAUUAGUAAAUAUAUUGUUUAAUAAAAAUCUUGCACAGCCCAGAACUAAUUUCUAUAACUUUAAGAAAGGUUUAUGUUUCAUUAAUACUCUAAUCUCAUUCAUAUUUAAAUUGCAUAACAAUAUUGUUAAAUUUUAAACUGCGUAGGUACUUUUCGCAAUUUAUUUAUGUAAUAUUAAGUUUGUAAUAAUUUGAAUUUAACAGACUUAUCACAUAAGAAGUAAAUUUAAAAAUACAAGUAAAAUAGUUAUUAUUUAUAUUAAUGAAUGUGUUUUAUUAUAUCAUUAGAUGAACCAGGGAGAGUUCAAAUAAAAGUCUAUAGAGGACCUGAUAUAGUAGGAAAUGAUGAAUCAUAUGCAGCACAUGGAUUUUGGGUUAAACAGCCAUCUGAAGAUUAUUAACAAUUAGUAUUAAGCUUAUCAGUUUGGGCAAGAGUAAUAAUAGCUGAACUAUGUGGGAUAAAAUAAAAUAAAAAAAGUUGAAUUUUUACCUAAUCAUCAAAAUAAGAAUAUGUGAUUUAAUUUGUAUAAACUUAUUAAUAUUAUGUAGGUACU